CUAGGAUUUCAAACUGGCUUCGUCCUACUUUUAGGCGUGCCCGAACGAGCGGGGUAAGGCCUGGAUGGUGUUCGGAUGAGGUGUGGGCUAACCUCGUCCGUCACUGGUCUUCUGAUCUGAACUUCUUGGCAAGAAGUCAAUCCGGUAAGAAAAACUGGAUGUCCGAGAAGGCCUUGGAAACCCAAUGGCACGGGGGCCGCAAACCUCAGAGUAAACAUAAAGAAGAUCUUGUAAGUCUUAUUCAAAAAACCUUAUACCAUUACAACCCUUCAUUUUUACAUUUAUUUAUGGAUCUUAAGCCUUUUUUUCGAACUAUGUAGGCGGGGCCUGAGAAGAAGAAGGUCUCAAUUCUCAAGGUCAUUAAGCACUGCUGGACGAAGCACGGCGAUGAGUCCGAUGCCGAUCUGCCACCCCGCCUCGCUGAAAUCGAAACGAAGUAUAACACAAAUGUUGAGAAGAAGCGGGCGGAAUUAGGCUUGACUCAGGAGGAU